ACGGGAGAGAGAGAGCGAUGAUAUAUAAAAUCUCUACUCGCAGCAUUCUGCAAAAAAAAAAAUAUCAUAUUUUCUCUGCUCCUUCUCUCUCUCUCUCUCUCAGGUUCCUUCUUCUCUCUGAGAUAGUUUUUGACUCAAAAAUAUCUCAAAUCAUCUUCUUUACUUCGAUAGUUCCUAAACCCUUCAUCUCUCUAUCUCUCCCCCCUUCAAUAACAAAUGGGAAUUUGUGUUUGGUGAGAAAGAUGCGAACUUUGAAACUGAUCGUUUGAGGAGAAAAACAAACAUGCGAAUUCUGUGUGAUGCUUGUGAGAGCGCCGCCGCAAUUGUAUUUUGCGCCGCCGACGAAGCUGCUCUCUGUUGCUCCUGCGACGAAAAAGUUCAUAAGUGCAACAAGCUAGCUAGUCGACAUGUACGUGUAGGCUUAGCUGAUCCAAGCAAUGCCCCGAGCUGUGACAUAUGCGAAAAUGCACCUGCAUUCUUUUACUGUGAGAUAGAUGGUAGUUCCCUUUGUCUACAAUGUGACAUGGUUGUACAUGUUGGUGGGAAGAGAACACACAGGCGUUUUCUAUUGCUGAGACAGAGGAUUGAGUUCCCAGGCGAUAAGCCUAAUCACGCUGACCAAUUGGGAUUACGUUGUCAGAAGGGUUCCUCAGGUCGUGGUCAAGAAUCAAAUGGAAAUGGUGAUCAUGAUCACAAUAUGAUUGAUCUCAACUCCAACCCCCAAAGAGUACACGAGCCUGGAUCGAAUCACCAAGAGGAGGGUAUUGAUGUAAAUAACGCAAACAAUCAUGAGCCUGAACAGUGAUCGUAGAUACACAAGAUCAAGUAAGAACCAUGAAAUGCAAUACCCUCCUCAAUCAUGAGCCUGAACAGUGACUCUCAACUCAACUCACUCAUCUUUUUAUAGAAAAAAAUCCAAUACCCUCCUCACCAUGAGAGUCACAUGACCUUGAAAUGCAAUCUCUCAUUAUUCAAGUUUAAAUAUGUUGUUUUGAUGUUUCUUGCUCCAUUUUUCUUGGAUACAAACCUAGGAUUCAUCAUUAACAUAAUGCUUGGUCGUUUGUAAUGUCAUUUCUCGUAUUAGAUGAUGUGAUUUUUCAGCUCA